GGUCCUUCCAUUUAUGCUCGCACCACCAUGGUUUUGGCUUCAGUUCGUCGUAUACAUCGCCCACCGUGCUAUCUAUCGACACACCUACCACCAUCCGCCGGCUUUCAAAUCGAUCCGAUUUUCCGGUAGUCACGGCCAUUCCUCUCUCCGGAAGUAGAUCACCAUUAGAAUCGCGCAUAACAUAGUUAAUGAUAAGGAAGUUAUAGUAUGGGUUUGUCAUCUGCUGCUAUUACUACUCCCAGUGAAGCAUUGAAAUUUUGCAUAUUUGAUUUGAGAAGGGGACAACAUGAAGGCGAGGAACUGGAGAAGAUUUUGUUCUUCUUCCCGGCUGAUUUGCCCUUUCCAACUCAACUUUCUGUCAUUGGGCUCAGUGAAGGACUCAUCACUUUCACAAGAAUCUUUUCUCCUGAAGCAGCUUGUGAGGUUAUAGAAGCAGAACUACAUUCCCAUGUCUUCUUUGAGGCAGAGCCAGAUAUUUGGAUGGUAAUGGUGGUUGCAAAAAACAAAGAAACAGAAGCCAUAUGGAGAAUCGAAGCACUACGCAGUGUUCUUAAAGAAAUCCACUCUCUUUUCAUUAUGUUUCAUGGUUCUAUAAGAGUGUUACUUGAUAAAGAACCUGGUGGAGGAUUAACUCGUAGUCAUUUGUUCACCUUCAUCAUGGAUUACCUUAAUGAUUUUCUCAUGGGAAACAAAUUCGUUUUACCUAAUUUCCGUGAUUCUUUAAAGCAACGUGGAACUGUUCAGAUGUUAACUGUUGGACGUGAGGCUGCUAUUGAAGUACAGUCUCUUGUGGGAGCAUUGGAUUCAUGCAUGGGAAACACUUCAGGCUACUCAGUUAUCUUGUUUCAGGAUCUUUUGGUCUCUACAACACUAACCCCUGAUGACACUACUAAUCUGUUUUCAUACGCCACCUCAAGGUUGACCCCACGUGUUCUAUCUUCUGGAAGAAGUAGUACAUGGUCUUACCUCCGCAAAGGGAAUGCUGAGCUGGCGUCCAGGUCAGCAAGUAUCGGGUCAGGUUUAGAUGGGUUUCGGAUUGUGAGGCCAUUACAACAUGGGAAAUGGUCAAAAGGGAAAGAUGGGUUUCUUGUUACUGAUAUUUGGGGGGUAGAAGUUGGUAAUUUGGUACCUACAACCCCAACAUUAUGGCUUCAACAAACAGAGCAUAAAAUGUACUUAUGUGCUUAUCAACAUAAAAGCCUUACAAUAAUCUUACUCAUACCUGUUACCUCUAUGCUUAAUGGAGAAGAAGGGAUCUCCAUGUUGAAGCAACAACUUCUUGAAAAUGCGUCUGCAAAGAUUGUUAAAGUUGAGGAGAAGCUUGCAAAGGGAUGGGGUGGUGAGAAUGCUUAUCAUGUGAAAGGGUAUCGUUAUUUGCUAGUAGAUGGUGAUAGGAAUAUUUCGAGGGCAUCCCCACCUGGAAAAGUAACAACCCUAACAAAGGAAUCAUUACUUGCUAUAAAUAAGGUUAGAGAAGAUGUUGAUUUGGAGAAAAGCAGAGGAAAUGGGAAUAAUGAUGAUAAGGAUUUAGAAAUAUGCAUCAGAGCAAAAAACAAUGCAUGGGUGAUUGCUAGGUCUACAAGAGGAAAGGAACUUUAUAUUGUUCUUGAAAAAGCCAAUGAAACUCUUCUCUAUGCCUCUGAAGCCAUUGAGAAGUUCAGUGACAGGUACUGCAAUGGAGCCUUUUCAUUGGAUUAGUAAUCACUGGAAUGAAUGGUAGAUGAUGUUAUAUGUAUACUGUAAAAAAAUAGCAUAGCAAGUUAAACCCAAAAUUCAUAGAAUUGUUGAUUGUUAUGGUGAUGAACAUGGAAAUGUGGUUUGCUGGUUAGUUGUUAUAAGCGUUACAUAGAUGGUGCUAAAAAUCUUUAUAAAAAUAAAGUUGAGUUCUUAUGUACUCAA